AUUACCACUAGAAUCAAUCAAGAUGAAUUGCACGUCAGCACACGGUGGGGAUUUUUUCUUAGUUGAUCCUGUCCAAACCCUCUUGUGCAAUAGAUGGAUCUUGUUCAAUGCACUGAAGUCUCCUGGUUGCUUGCAAUCGCAAAAAGGAAGACAUGACUGAGUUUGACGAUUGCAGCCACAGUGCAUCCAAUAUGUAUUUACCAGGGUGCGCUUAUUACGUUUCACCUUCAGAUUUCUCGACGAAACCCUCUUUUUUGUCGCAAUCGUCUUCCUGUCAAAUGACUUUUCCUUAUUCUUCUAAUUUACCUCAUGUCCAACCUGUGCGAGAAGUGGCAUUCAGGGAAUACGGAUUAGAGCGCAGCAAAUGGCAGUAUAGGGGCAGUUAUGCUCCUUAUUACUCAGCUGAGGAGGUUAUGCAUCGAGACUUUCUGCAGCCUGCUAACAGGAGGACGGAAAUGUUAUUCAAAACGGAUCCUGUGUGCAGCCACCAUGGACCCUCCGCCGCUGCCUCCAACUUCUACAACACGGUGGGAAGGAACGGCAUUCUCCCGCAAGGAUUUGACCAGUUUUAUGAGACAGCCCAUGGACCUCCAUACCAGCAGCAAGCAGAGAACGAGGGGGAAGCGGCCAAGAGCGACUUGAAACCUCAGAAUAGCACUUGUAGUAAAACACCUUCCAGCCAAGAGAAGAAAGUGACAACAGAAAACAGCGCCGGUUCCCCUUCUGGUGAGGCUGUUGCAGAGAAGAGCAACAGUUCAGCAGUUCCCCAGCGAUCAAGGAAAAAGAGAUGUCCGUACACCAAAUAUCAAAUAAGAGAACUGGAACGUGAGUUUUUCUUCAACGUGUACAUAAACAAAGAAAAAAGACUGCAGUUGUCCAGAAUGCUGAACCUCACUGAUCGACAAGUUAAAAUCUGGUUCCAGAAUCGAAGGAUGAAAGAAAAGAAACUGAACAGAGAUCGACUUCAGUAUUUCACUGGAAACCCCUUGUUUUGAAAGAAAAGAAAAGAAAAUAUCCCUAUCUAACCUGCCAUCAGAGUACACCAGGAAAUUGGUUUACAGGACACAUUCACCCUGCGGAACGCAAAGUUUCAUUUUGUUGUUCAACUCUGGUGCCUCCAAACAAUCAAUGUCCACUGGCGAUAUCGGGGGUUUGGCGGAACACGUCCCUCAUAAGGGGAAGCUAGGGUAAAUCCAAAAGUCCAUUCUCCAGUGUUUAUCGCACAAGGUGUUUUUUUUUUCUUUUUCAUGUUGACACCAAUGGACCGGCGGUGUGUAUGGUAGAUUUUGCUUUUAAAAAAGAGGUUUUUUUCCCUCUUGGUUUUGAUCUAGGAUAACCCUUUCCUCCCUUAAAUGAAUGCAAUUUAUUUAAAAGAUGGUAAAUGUACAUGAUGUGUGUGUGCGUGUGUGUGUGUGUUUCUAUUGUCAUAUAAACGCAUGGGCCAUUGUCUUUUACAUGUGAAUAAAUGGUUUCUGGUAAAGUUAAGGCUAUAUCUUCUGCUCACUUAUGGAUUUCCAUCUCUGAAAGAUUAGAGUGUCUACUCGACUAGAGCCAAAUUCAAUUUAGUAACAAUGGAGGAAGUUAAAGCAAAUUAUUUUCAAUGGGAUAUAAAUGUUAGUUUAAAUCUCUAACUUAUUCUAUAUAAAACCUUCAUUGUUAUUUCCCUCAGUUUAAGGCAGCCCAAACAUGGCUGUCUGAAAACCACCACUUCUGAUGGUGCCACAAUUACUAUCAGUUAUGAAAAACGCUUAAUAACUGUUCAGGAGUCUAAGGUUUGAGACAAGAAUUCAAAGCUCAAAUGGAUGUUUACUAGCUAGGGAAGGAUUGUCAGAAUGGGAACCCUGAAUGUUUCAAACAACAGGCAGCUGUGAACAAUUGCAACUAGUUAAAACAAAGUUUAGCAAAAAAAAA